AUGGGGGGACCAAAGAAGAGGAGUCCUCUGAAGCACGUUGAGGUAUCGCAAGCAGUUGAAGCCAUUGAUGCUCUCACUCGUGACUAUAUGGUGUACUUCGAAGGCACAGUCAGAGAACAAAAAGACCGGGACAAGGUGGUUCGUUGUAGUGGGGCGCGCCGGGCCAGUGACGACAGGCUACAAUCCGUCGAGGAGCUUCGUUUUUCAGGCCGCGCGGCAACUCGCCGCCUAGGCGCGCGCUCCCGUUACACCAAGGACGGUUGUUGCACAUCUGCACCAGAAGCAGGAGCAGCAACAGCUUACACAUUUUCAGAAAGAGUCUGCGCUGCCUGGUGUGCUUGCGCCGGUGAAAGGAGAGGUGCGCGAGGAUGGGUAUGCUCCCGUAUUUUCUGUCAAAACAACCGCACUUCCACUACCUACCCUCCUGGUACCAUGUGA